AUGCAUUUGAUCACUCUUCAUACAAGAGGAGAUGAGGCGUCGAGAAUUGCGGUAUCCCAGAGUUCCCUAGAACCUCCCACGUCACCCAGUCAUGGCUUCCAGUACCUACUGAGACUGAAUGGGAACCAGCAGUGGCAGUUGGCGGUGGUGUUGUUUGGUCUGGUAACCUGUAGUAUCCCCUUCGACCGUAUAGCUGAGAUCUUCAGGGUGCUGGCAGCGUUCGCUAAGACGCCGGACGUGGCAGCCAGCCUGUGGCAUACACUGGAAGCCUCACAGGUGGAGCUGGAGGAGGUGGAGACCCGAGCGGAGGUAUUUCCCAAGACGCUAGCUUCCUGUCCUUUCUGGACUCCCUCACUGACAUUCCUGUCCCCCAGGGCAUCCCCAGGAUUUCAACCCUACCUAGAGUUUGUCAAGGAUCAUGUGUUUGAGAAGUUUUACGUCAGAAGUUACAAGAAUACAUCAGAAAAGUGGGAGGUGGCCAGUGACUGUCUGAGGAUCCUAUGUAAGCUCCUGAGGGAGUAUGAGGUGGUGGGAAGUGACUUUGGGGAGGAGCUUGUUGAGGUACAGAUGGGGGGCGUGGUGCCCGCUAACAAGUCCCCGGGGUACAUCCUAAUGCUACACCUACUGAAGGACUCCCACUUCCUGUCCACGGUGUUGAAAAUACUGGAUGACAUUGUCCGACAACUUGAAACAUACAAGGCUAUACCAGGACAGGAGUCCCUGGAGUCUGCCAGUUUGCUGUGUUUACAGCUGAUAGAGACCAGUCUGGAGAAGUCGGGGACGUUCCUGGAUGCGUGUCGUGAGACGGGAGCCUCCGCCAUGGUGUCAGCCAUGGAUUGUCUUCUCCUGAGUACUAAUCCACGCAGCGGGAAAGCUGACCACCUCAUUAAUGUCACAAUGUUUAUACACUUCAGCAUUCCUCUUCCUGAGCAUGCCCAGUCAGCGAUGAAGAUCCUGUAUUGCGUGUGUCACUUGGCUCCCAUCCUAGUGGCCCUUGUCAAUCUGUUUACAUUAAAUCAGACCUCUCAUCUGGAGCUGCUCCACGGAUUUGUGGAAUGUCUGGAAGUGGAGGAACCAGAACAAAUGGUGGAGAAGACAAUCCACUUACCUGAGGAGGAGGUGUGGAGAGAGAGAGAGAAUCAACUUACCAGAGGAAGAGGGUAUGUACUCAGUAGUGUGGAUAGAGAGAGAAAGAAAGAAAGAGAUAGAGAGAAAAUUCACUUACCAGAGGGAGAGGGUAUGUACUCAGUUGUGUGGAGAGAGAGAGAGAAAGAGAGAGAGAGAGAAUCCACUUACCAGAGGGAGAGG